AUGCGGGAGAGCAUGGCCAAGCGAGUUGCAACUGUAGGAGCUGGGGUCAGUGGCCUGGCCUCCAUCAAGCGCUGUCCGGAAGAAGGACUAGAGCCCACCUGCUUCGAGAGGAGCGACGACCUUGGGGGGCUGUGGAGAUUCACCGAACAUGUUGAAGAAGGCAGAGCCAGCCUCUACAAGUCUGUGGUUUCCAACAGCUGCAAGGAGAUGUCUUGUUACCCAGACUUUCCAUUCCCAGAAAAUUAUCCAAACUAUGUGCCAAAUUCUGUAUUCCUGGAAUAUCUCAAAAUGUAUGCAAACCAGUUCAACCUUCUGAAAUGCAUUCAAUUCAAGACUAAAGUCUCCAGUGUAACAAAACGCCCAGAUUUUUCUGUUACCGGCCAAUGGGAGGUAGUCACUCUGCAUGAAGGGAAGCAAGAGUCAGCCAUCUUUGACGCUGUCAUGGUCUGCACUAGUUUUCGUACUAACCCAUAUUUGCCACUGGACUCCUUUCCAGGUAUAAAUACUGUUAAAGGCCAGUAUUUUCUUAGCUGAGAGUAUAAACAUCCAGAUAUAUUUAGAGACAAGAGAGUUCUUGUGAUUGGAAUGGGGAAUUCUGGCACAGACAUUGCUAUGGAGGCCAGCCACGUGGCAAAGAAGGUAUCAUUCUUGAUGUUACCUAAUGGGGCGUGGGUGAUCAGCCAGGUCUUUGACUCAGGCUACCCAUGGGACAUGGUGCUCGUGAUGUGAUUUCAGAACAUGUUCAGAAAUUCUCUCCCAACUCCAGUUGUGAAUUGGUUGAUAGCAAGAAGGAUGAACAGCUGGUUCAAUCGUGAAAAUUAUGGCUUAAUACCAGAAGACAGGACACAACUAAGAGAGCCUGUGCUAAGUAAUGAGCACCCAGGCCGUAUCAUCACUGGGAAAGUGCUCAUCAAGCCAAGCGUAAAGGAGGUGAAGGAAAACUCUGUUGUAUUUAACAACACCCCAAAGGAAGAGCCCAUUGAUAUCAUUGUCUUUGCCACUGGAUACACCUUUGCUUUCCCCUUCCUCCAUGAGACUGUGGUGAAAGUUGAAGAUGGCCAAGCAUCACUGUACAAGUACAUCUUCCCUGCACAUCUGCAAAAGCCAACCUUGGCUGUUAUUGGCCUCAUCAAACCCUUGGGUUCCAUGAUAACCACAGGGGAAAUGCAAGCUCGAUGGGCUGUUCAGGUCCUGAAAGGUGUUAAUAAAUUACCACCAUCGAGCGUCAUGAUAGAGGAAGUUAAUGCAAGAAAAAAAAAACAAGCCCAGUGGUUUGGCUUGUGUUACUGCAAAGCUUUACAGUCCCAUUAUAUCCCAUGCAUAGAUGAACUCCUGACCUAUAUCGAUGCAAAGCCCAACCUGUUCUCUCUGCUCCUGACAGAUCCACGCCUGGCUUUGACCAUCUUCUUCGGCCCAUGCACACCAUACCAGUUCUGUUUGACCGGCUCAGGGAAAUGGGAAGGAGCCAGAAAUGCUAUCAUGACCCUGUGGAACCAAACAUUCAAGGUCACAAAAACUAGAGUUGUACAAGAAUCCCCUUCUCCCUUUGCAAGCUUACUUAAACUCUUCAGCUUUCUAGCUUUGCUUUUGGCCACUUUCCUGAUUUUCCUAUAA